AUGGCCCUGAAAGUCUUCGAGAUCGAUCCGACCUUGAGUUCCGUUGGAGAUCUCAUCUGGGAGCGUGUCAAGGGUUUUAGGUGGUGGAAGGAUGAGCUGGAAAAGCUGGAGGGCGGCAUCUCCAAGUUCGCGGAGGGCUACCGCACCUUCGGCUUCACCAGACAGGAUGGCAGCAUCACCUACCGGGAGUGGCUGCCCAACGCCAAGCAGGUGUUCCUGAUCGGGGAGUUCAACAAGUGGGAGAACACCACGCCCUUGACCGCCGAGGGCUUCGGGCGCUGGUCGGUGACCUUGAAGGAUUCAGACGGAAAGCCUGCCAUUCCUCACAAGUGCCAGGUCAAAGUCAGACUUGAGACCAAGGACAACAAGUGGCUCGAGCGCAUCCCAGCUUGGACCUCGCUGGCAUGGCAGGACCACGCCACGAAUCUCUUCAACGGGGUGAUGUGGCUGCCGCCACAGGAGGAGAGGUAUGUCUUCAAGCACGACAGGCCGCCCAUGCCGGCGUCUCCAAAGAUCUAUGAGGCGCACGUGGGCAUGAGCUCCAAGGAGCCCAAAGUGGCCACCUACACGGACUUCGCCAAGGACGUGCUGCCCCGCAUCAAGCGGCUGGGGUACAACACGGUUCAGCUCAUGGCGGUGGCGGAGCACAGCUACUACGGGUCUUUCGGGUACCACGUGACCUCCUACUUUGCGCCCUCCAGCAGGUGCGGCACGCCAGAGGAGCUGAAGGCCCUGGUGGACGAGGCCCACAAGCUGGGCCUGGCGGUGAUCAUGGACCUGGUGCACGCCCACAUGUCCUCCAACUCCCUGGACGGCCUGGCGAUGAUGGAUGGCACCGACCACUGCUACACCCAUGGAGGCCUGAAGGGCCAUCACGCGCAGUGGGACUCCAAGUUGUUUCACUACACCAAGCAUGAGGUGCUGAGGUUCCUGCUGUCCAACGUGAAGUACUGGCUCGAGGAGUUCCGUUUCGACGGGUACCGCUUCGACGGGGUCACCUCCAUGCUGUACCACUCCCACGGCAUAGGCAAGGCCUUCUGCGGGAACUACCACGACUACUUUGGAGGUGAUGCUGAUAUGGAAGGGCAGAUCUACUUGAUGCUCGCCAACGACCUGAUUCACUCGACUCUGCCAAGUGCCAUCACCAUUGCGGAGGAGGUGAGCGGCAUGCCGACCUUGUGCCUGAGCCUCGAGGACGGGGGCUUCGGCUUCGACUUCCGCCUGGCCAUGGCGAUCCCGGACAUGUGGAUCAAGCUGCUGAAGGAGGUGCCGGACGACUUGUGGGACGUGGGCUUCAUCUGCCACACCCUCACCAACCGGAGGUGGAAGGAGAAGUGUAUUGCCUACGCCGAGUCCCACGACCAGUCGAUUGUAGGCGACAAGACCAUUGCUUUUUGGCUCAUGGACCAGGAGAUGUACUUCGGCAUGAGCCACGCCGAGAGCCCCCAGCCCUCCAUCGCGGUGGACCGGGGCCUGGCGCUGCACAAAGUGCUCCGGCUGCUGGUGCUGGGCCUCGGCGGGGCAGGGUACCUGAACUUCAUGGGCAACGAAUUCGGGCACCCCGAGUGGGUGGACUUCCCCCGCGCGGAGAACUGCUGGAGCCACCACUUCUGCCGCCGCAGGUGGGACCUGGCCGACGACGAGGGGCUGAGAUACAAGUACUUCCAGAGCUUCGAUGAGCUGAUGCACGCCCUGGAGAACCGCUUCAGGUGGCUGAGCUCGGACCACGAGUUCGUGACCACCUGCAACGGCAUGGACAAGGUGCUUGCCUUCGAGCGGGGGGACCUGGUCUUUGUGGUGAAUCUGGACCCCAACCGCAGCUUCGAGGGGUACCAGGUGGGUGUUGCCAAGGAUGAGGCCAUGCGAAUCGUUCUGGACACGGAUGAGGAGCGGUUCGGGGGCCACUGCCGCCUGGAGGGCGGCCAUGCGGAGCUGCCGAAGGGACCGGCCACCCACAACAGGCCGGCCUCGUGCUACCUCUACCUCCCCUGCCGCACCGCCCAAGUGCUAGCCCCAGCGGCGCUGCUGGACGGCGGCAUCCGGGUGUGGCUGGACGGCGGGCUGCUGAAGGAGCACGGCAUUUCCGACCCCACGGAUCUGAAUCUGGGCCUGGAGAUUCGGGAUGGGGGCAAGAAGUACUUGCGGCAGUUCCGCUUCGACGCGGAUGGUGGGGUGAAGCUGCACAUCUACUUUGAUGCGGUCUUCGCUCUGAUCGGGCCCAACGGCUCCAGCCUAACCUCCUGCAAGGCCCAGCCGGACGGGAUGUUCCGCAUAUACUUCCCGGGGGAGUACACCAUCAACGCACCAGGUGUGGUGGAGGCUGGCAAGCCGCAGCGGCCCUUCAAAGCCUCGGACAAGGCCCCGCCUUUGACGCCGAAGCCGCAGGCGGUGCCGCCGGAGCCCAAGGCCGCGGCCAAGGCUCCGGCGGCCCCCGCGCCCCCGGCGGCUCCGGCGCCGCCGCCGCAGGCGUCGGCUCAGGCGGCUCCGUUGCGGCCGCCGCGGGAGGUGCCGUCGCUGCGAGCGCUGGAAGAGGAGAGGGGGGAAGCCACCAGCAUCUUGGAUCCCUCCAUCGAUGCCGGCCUGGUGUUACCAGAGGCCAUGAUCUUGAACCCGUCCACCUCGGAGCUGCUGGAUCUGCCCAAGGCCAAAGCCAAGGCCGCGGCCAAGGCCGCGGAGGCUGAAGCUGCGAAGGCGAAGGCCAAGGCCAAGGCUGCAGCGAAGGCAGCGGCGCCAGUAGACUUUGAGGGGCGCAAGAAGGCGCGGAAGGAGCGCGCAGCGCCGGCUUCGGGCGCUUCGGAAACGAAGCUGGGUACCUUGCAGGACCUUUCGGCGAUCUUCAAAGACUUCGGCUUGCACCACUGCAACGGAGGAUGGAAGUUCAGAGAUUGGAUUCCCAAGGCCAAGUACGUCUCUCUGGUGGGAGACUUCAACGGCUGGGAUCCCACUGCAACUCCCCUCACCAAGGCGGAGAAGGGGGACAUCUGGUCUUGCUUCAUCGGCGCGCCAAUGAAUGCAGCGUUGACCAAAGGCAGCCAAUACCGGGUCCACCUGGUGCCGGAGGAGGGCGAGGCGCGGAGCGUGGUGCCCUUGUGGGCCAUCCGCUACGCGGUGAACGCGAAGACCCAGGCGGUGAAUGCGAUGGUUUGGCCCACCAGCCUGAGCCGUGGUCCCUCCAGCAAGGACCUCCACAAGAAGGACAAAACCGUGAGCAUCAAGAACCAGCGCCUGCACUUGUUGGAGUUUGAUGCGACGUUGGUGGCGGAGAAGGGCGAGAAGCCGAGCCUCAAGUUCGCGCGGAGCAUCUUGGGUCUGGCGGCGCAUUCCGGGUACCACGGGGUGCUUGUGGUGGGUCUCUUCCACGCGGGAGUCCGGGCCACGGCGAGUCUACUGGCACCCACUCCGGUGCUCAAGGACGCGGCGGAGUUUACAAGUUUUCUGCACCAGGCGCACGACCAGGACCUGGCGGUGUUCAUUGAAGUCCCGUCCCGCGCCAUUGCGGGGAAGUCCUUUCUGCCGCCCCACUUCUUUGCAGACCAGGGCGAGCUCUUGCAACGCUUCGACUUCAGUCGGAAAGAGGUGGCGCAGUAUCUCUUGUAUUCCCUGCAGCAUUGGGUCGAGUCAGGUGUGGACGGGUUCCGCUUGGAGAGCCUUCCGGGGGCCGCCGCCUCGCCGGCCACGCCUUCCACGGAGGACUUUGUGGUGACGGCCACGGGGCUGCUGCGUUCGGCGGCUUCGACCUUGGCCCGGGAGGUGCUGACGAUUGGGGUGGGAGAUGUGGAGGAUGGCCUCUGCGAUCCGACUGGGUCGGGCGGCUUUGGGUUUGACCUUUGUCAAGCUGAGCAAAGCCCGGAUUACAGCCAGCUCGUCCCGGGCUCACACUGCACCACUUUGCAGGAUCCUGCCAAGGCGAAGCCCAUGCAGAAGUUGGCGACCGCCCUCACGAAGCCCUUGGCUGCGCGGAAGGACAAGAAGGCGCAGCUGGUGACCUGCAUGGAAACCAUGGAGGAGUUUAUCGUGACUCAAGGCCCGCUCCGGGUGUGCAUGCUCUCCUGGGAGACCAUGUACACGGUCUCCGGGGGGGCGGCGGCGCCCUACGUGAGUGGCCUGGCGGAGGCUUUGGUGCAGCGGGGCCACGAGGUCCACGUCUUCACGCGGGCCUCCCACGGCAUGAAGAUCAACGUGGAGACCGUGAAGGGCGUGGUCUACCACGAGGUGCCCUACACGCUGAGCGCUGACUUCGUGGAGGAGACGGCCAACUUCUGCAAGGCGCUGGCGGCGGCGGUCUCGGCGCGGGAGGCCACCUAUGGGCGCUUCGACAUCGCCCACGGCCACGAGUGGCUGGUGUGGAAGGUGCGGGGCGAGCUGCGGAAGGACCUGAAGUUCCUGCUGACGGUGCACUCCACCGAGGAGUUGCGCUCCAGGGGAGCGGAGUAUGGGGGGCGUAGCGACUUGGUGGGGCAGUUGGAGGGCGAGGCCUUCCGCGGCAGCGAUCAGCUCCUCGCGGCCUCGCAGACCUUACGAGAAUGCAUGUAUGCGGAGUAUGGCCUGAAAGGCGACAUCCCGGUCAUGCACAACGGUGCCAGCAUGCAAGAGCCAUCCUCGGAAGAGCUGCAGAAGGAAGCGAGGGAGGCGUUGGGACUUCCAGAGAAGUCUCCAGUGCUGCUCUAUUGUGGUCGGUUGAUUCCACAGAAGGGCGCGGACCUCUUGGUGGAGGCCAUUCCUUUUGUGCGGCAGCAUUGGCAAGACGCGCACUUUGUCAUUGCAGGCACGGGGCAGCUGCGCGCAGCGCUGGAGCGGCGGUGCGGGGACCUGGGCCUCUUGGAGGCCGUGACCUUUGCCAAGGCCUCGAGCGCGGAAGAGCAACGGCGCUUCCUGGAGGCUUGUGAUGCAGUGGUGGUGCCGGCUCGCCAGGACUUCUAUGGCGUAGGGGUCAUCGAAAGCUGGGCCGCCGCGAGGCCCGUGGUGGGCAACACCUGCGGGGAGCUGCGGCAUCUGAUCCAGCCGGACGUCACGGGGUACAUGGUGGACCAGGAAGCUGGCAGCCUGUCCUGGGGCCUCUGCAAGAUUUGCGAGAACCGCGAGCACGCGCGCUGGAUGGGGAAGCAAGGCUGGCAGCAAGUUCAAAGCGGCUUCCUUUGGGACACCAUGGCAAAACGGACGGAGGACCUCUACAUCGAGCUGCUGGGCUUGCAGGAGGCCCCGCACACCCCGCUGCCGCGCCGGCCCCGGCCGCUGGCGCAGGCUCUGGGCGAGGACGCGCUGCCGGUGCUCCGGCUCUGCCGCCUUUUGUCCUUAGCCUUCGGGGGCGAUGGUACGCUCAGCUGCCUGGGGAGCGACUUUGGGUGGAACGGCAAGGUGGACUACCCUAGGAAGGGCAACGAGUACAGCGACAAGCUUGCAAGGAUUCCCACGGAACUGGCACGGGACAAAUCGUCGAAGAACAAGUUCUUGGCCAUGUUCCAAAUGGCUUUGCUCCGCACGGAGCGCUGCCUGCAGUGGCUCGCCGACCCGGUGCCCAAUGUGGUCCUACAGGAGGAGAGGAAGCAGGCGCUGGUCCUCACGCGGGGCUGCGCCAUCUUCGCCUUCAACUUCAGCGCGAAGAACCUGCCCAGCCUCAGCUUUAGCAUCCCGCAGCUGAAAGGCGUGAGCUGCGAGUUCAAGACCGUGCUGAACACGCAGGACCACCGCUUUGGCGGCUCUGCCACCACGGCGCAGUGUGUGGUGGCGGUGAACGAUGGCGAGAUGCAGCUCUUCCUCGUGGCUCAGAGCGCCAUGGUGUUGGCUCCCACCGCCCACGCCGAUGCCUUGCUGACGGACAAGACGCUGCAGCUGCGCUCCGCGGACAGCUUCAUCGACUUGUUGGACUCGGCCGCGUCGCCGGUGACACAGGCGCCUGCGCUCUCCUUUGAAGACUUGGCCGCUGCCGCCAGGGAGGCCGCUGCGAAGAAGCAGCAAGCAGCGGCUGCUGCCAAAGAGGCUGCUGCAGCCGAGCAGCUGACAUUCAAGCGCGCCAAGGAAGCGCAGGCGGCGGCCGGAGCCAAUGAGCUGCCCUGCCUUCCCAAGGCAGACGCCAGAAGGGAAGGGUAUGGAGCAGCGCCCGCGCCCAACGCGUCCGAGGCGUCUGAGGUGAAGCGUGAAGGCGGCGGAUGGCUGCAAAAGUUCUGGUGA